AGAGAGAAGUAUCUACUUACAGCUGCUGUCAGAUAUUCGAUCGCCUUCGCAUGGCGAGGAGGUAACCUGAUCGAGCUGGGAGGAGGAGUGACUCGACCAGGGAAGCCUUGAGCAAAAAAAAAAAAAAAAAAAGGAAAAUGUCUUCUUCUUCUGCCGGAGAAGUCACACGAGCAAAUGACAUCAAGAGGGAAAAUGUGAAGGAGGCGGACAAGCGGGAGUGCAUCAAGCUUGUGGCGCUGGAGGCGGCCGAAUUGUCCAUGGAGCGAGCGGCGCCCAACGCGGAGACGGUGCGCACGGAGCUGCUGGUGAGCGCCGCCUCCUCGCUGGCCUUCUCCCCGGAGCAAGUGGCGUGCGUGUGCGAGGCUCUGCAACAGGGGGGCAACGUGGACCGCCUGGCCCGUUUCCUUUGGUCCCUGCCCCAGAGCGAUCUGCUGCGCGGCAACGAAAGCAUCCUGAAAGCCCAAGCCCUCGUCGCCUUCCACCAGGCUCGCUAUCAGGAGCUCUACAGUAUUCUGGAGAACCACAGCUUCAGCCCGUCCAACCACACCUUCCUGCAGGAUCUGUGGUACAAGGCCCGCUACACAGAGGCGGAGAAGGCACGGGGGAGACCCCUGGGCGCCGUGGACAAGUACAGGAUCCGGCGAAAGUACCCUCUCCCGAGGACUAUCUGGGACGGCGAGGAGACGGUUUACUGCUUCAAGGAGAGGUCUCGGAACGCACUGAAAGACCUGUACAACCAGAACCGGUACCCCUCUCCGGCCGAGAAACGCAACCUCGCCAAGAUUACGGGACUUUCCUUGACCCAGGUCAGCAACUGGUUUAAGAACAGGAGGCAGAGGGACAGAAAUCCGUCCGAGGCUCAGUCCAAAAGUGAAUCUGAUGGAAACCACAGCACAGAGGAUGAGUCCACCAAAGGUCAAGAUGAAUUGUCACCCAGGCCCCUCUCCAACUCAUCAGAUGGUGUUAUCACUCAUGGGACAAUUCCAAUUCAAACAGGGCCUCUGGACAGUGGGGUAGUCAUUCAGCAAAUCGGGGACAUCAAAAUGCCUGCUGGAUCCAACAGCGGGGGGCUCUACAACGGAAGUCUGGUCCCCAACAGUACCUCCUCGGCGACGUUCCACAACGGCGGCUCGUCUUACCUCCACUCACCUGGGAACAUCCUCUUCAACGGGCUCAAUUUGGGCAUUCAACCUCUGGCGUUUAACACUCUGAGGCCAUCUGGGGCAGUGCUGCUGGGAGGCUCCGGAGAGGACAUGCAGGAGAAAGGACUGGGUGGCUCUGCUGAGGACUCGGCACUGCAAUACGUCUCUUCCUACUCGGGCUGUGUGAACGGAGGGGCCGUGAAGCUGGAGGGGGUUCACACCAUGGGCGCCCAGAACGGGGGCUCCUCCGUGCUGACCUUCAGCUCCUCGCUGGGUGGCUACAGCCUAGUGCAGGUACCCAGCGGCGUGUCUGACGGUGAUGGAAGCUCGCUGCUUAACAGCGAUGUGGCCCUUCCUCCCCUGCAGCUCUCCUCCUCGUCCUCUUCCUCCUCAAUCACACAAGGUACAAUAGCUCUGAACGAUGUUGCGGUGAGCUCGUCCAGCGAAGACUCCUUUCAGCAGCAAGACAAGCUGUCCAUGACCUCUUUGCACCACAGCACCGUCCUCUACAAUAUGAGCAGCGUCAACCAGUCGCCCAUCAAAAAGGAGCCUCUGGAGGGAGGCGGCUACUCCUCAUACCACCACGGGCUCCACCUGGACCCGAGCGGACAGAUGGGCUACUCGACCGCCAGCUCCGAAGAGACGCCAUCCAGCCAAGCCCCGGUCUCCGCCAGCGCCGCCACCUCGUCCAGCCCCGAAGUCUACACCACGCUCACCGUCAGCACGCCGCUUAUGGCCCAAACGAACCUGAGCAGUCACCACCUCCAGCCCGCCGAGUAUCUUAGGGGACACGAGGUCCGGGCGCCCCAGCCCUCGCACCUAAUGGGCCCCUGCAUGGACAACGAGUACAUGAGCCUGUCAGAGAACAAGGUGGACAACCCGGGGCAGGCUGGCGUGACUGACAUGGUCCGGGCCAUGUGCGGCGACAUGGAGCCUGUGGAGGGGAAGGAGCUAGCCAAACUACAGACAGUGCAGAUGGAUGAAGACAUGGCUGACCUUUAACCUCAAAGCAGAAGCACGCAUGUCCAUGCGAGCGGCGAUAAUAUUUUGUGUGUGCGUGUGUGUGAUUUAUUUUAAUCAUUAAUUUUGUUUAUCUGUUAAAUUAUUUGACAAUACUGUGUUGACUUCUACAAUGCACUCACUUAAGACAGAAGGCCUGUUAGCACGCCUGGACACUUAUGCAAAAAAAAAAAAAAAAAAAAAAAGAAUCCAGAACAUGGUUAAAAACGAGCUGUGUUCUUCACACAGAAUGUUCCGACUUAUUGCAGCAGUCAGCGAAUGUUGUUUGAGCCGUGUUUAAAAGUGCAGUUUUACAGGCAACACCUGCUACUUCCUGUUGAGUGGACUUGAUUUGCCGAAACAGGUGCUGGCAUGCCGCAAGUCACAUGACCAGGAUGUUCCUCCAAACUAAAUGCGUCAUCUGGGUCAAACCAAAAAGGUCAUUCAUAAGGGGGGAUGAGGGGAAGCAAGUCUGUGGAUGUGGGCCAGUUUUACUGAAGGACUUCGCACAUGUACGGACAGAAUGUCAUUCAACACACAAAGCUGCUCAUUUCGGACUAAGUGCCCUUCAGUAAGCACCUUAAAUUGCCUCUCGAGUCUCAAAGAUGAAUGUACCUUUUUUGGCAUUUGCACUACCAUCACGACAUUAUCUGGGCUUCCCGCUGUUGUUUAUCACAGGCCUCAACAAAUGCACAUGAGCGAAAGCUAUCUUCGAGCCUUGUCGCCAAUUGAAUGAAAAGGUCACACUGUGGGGUUCACAUGUCAAUCAUACGUUGUUCAAGACGGCUACGUUAAAUGGGUGUGAAGAUGUUUUAUCGUGUUUCUUUUGAACGUGCCUCUACAAAUGUCGGCAAUUCCCGGCGCAAAUAUGUAUGCUUCCCAAAUGGAUCAGGAACAAAAAGGACAAACGUUUUUUUUUUUAAAAACAGACAAGGGUUGCAAUGACAUUUUUUAGUCUUUCGUUUUUUUUACAUAGUGAAUAACACUGAAAGGAAGCUUUGCAAUCUGAAGGCAAGACCUCAGAUUCAGCAAAUUUCCACCGCCUCCACCACUGCUGUUACUUCGGCCUUUACUCGGAAUAUUUGUUGGGUGUCAGAUUAGGAGAAGACGAGAAUGUGGAGGCCAUUUGUCAAGUGAGUCUGGGACUUUUUUUGUUUUUUUUUUUUGUUUUUUUUAACCAGAGAAGACAUUCUCCCUGUCAUAAAUGAAAGACCAUCAUAGCACAUUUCAGCGUUCCGGCCAACUCGAGGCGUUCAUCUCUUGAGUGCAUCAAACUUCGCUUUUUUGGUGUGUGUGUGUUACCAGACUCCUAAUUAAAGUCUACCAAUUUCUCAGUGCUUAAACUUCAUAUGCAAGAAGUGAGCGAUGGGCAAUUUUUUUUUUAACUUAGUUUGGACAAAAUGUUUGUUAUCUGAAAUUAUGUGAAUGUAUUUUUCUAAACCUCUGUAAUGCAAUAAAAGUCUAUAUUUAUAAAAAGA